AUGACUACAAACCGUGCGCUCUUUAUUGUCACCGUUCCCAUUGAAGAACAAGAAGAGAUACAUCAUUCCCAACUAUCAUUAUCGGCUAAAUUGAAACACUUUCUCGACACGAACAUCAAUGAUGAACCAAUAUGGAUACCAUCAACUGAUCAGAAAACUGUUCAGGUGACAUUUCAUGCUGAGUUUGGUGUAACAAGCGAUCGGAUUUUGCGAGAUUUGUAUAAGCUCGAAAUUGGCUACCGAUGUGGCAGUCAGGUGUGUGUCAUUCCUGCAACAGUUCUUGCCGGAUCUCGUAAUAAAGUAUCGAAUAUUACCUUGGCUGAUGACGUGCCAAGCCAAACUGAUGAUACGAAUCGCCUCGUCCUUUCACAAAAACCGUCUUCGGAUUCAACCUUUGGAACGAGAAUUUGGAAGAGUUUCAAUGAAUCAAAUUUCAAGAAAAGUGUUCAAGCUAGACUUAUGGUCCAUCAGGUCAUAGCUGGGAUUCGUGAUGCUAGUGUCUUGUCGUUUGACUUUGUCUUACUACUCAGUUUGGCUUCGAUGCUUGCUGCCGUUGGUCUUCUGGAAAACUCGUCUGUGAUUCUCGUGGCUAGUAUGUUAGUGAGUCCGUUGAUGAAUCCAAUUAUGGGUAUUGUAUUUGGUGUAUCUAUUCACGAGAAAUCUUUAUGGCGGCAAGGCGUUCAAAAUGAGUUGAUUGGUCUAAUUCUCUGUAUCCUAUGGGGUUUCUUCAUCGGAUUGUGUACAACUCAUGCCGAAACUAAUUGGGGAAGUUCGUCGAGUUUCCCAACACCGGAAAUGAAAGCUCGCGGAGACCUUAAAAGGCUGUGGGUGGGUGUUCUUAUCGCUUUACCCAGCGGUGCUGGCGUUGCUUUAUCUAUACUCGGCGGCAAUAUAGGCUCAUUAGUGGGUGUGGCAAUAUCUGCUUCUCUUCUACCUCCCGCAGUCAAUUGUGGACUUUUGUUUGCCUACACAACUUUUGCUCAGAGAGUAUCCAACGGUAUGUGGGGUUAUGCAAACGAGAAACUAAGCGAGCAAGUCCAUACGGAAUAUUUUUUGUUUCAACAGCGUCUGUACCCGAAUGAGCCCAUUGUUAAUUGCACUAGACCGAUUCACAACCGUUAUGAACCAUACUAUUCGUGCGACAUGACAUACGAAGCAGCCAUACUUGGUACGUGCAGUUUUCUGCUAACUUUGGUGAACAUCGCUUGUAUUAUUAUCAUGGCGCUGAUUAUCCUUCGCAUUAAAGAAGUUGUGCCACUUCACCAAACCAAUGAAGCAAUCCAGGAGUUCUUUAAACAUGACGUGAAAAUGAUUCGUGACCGAAAUCGACUUAGUCUUACAGGACAAAGCCGAGAGAACGGAAACGAUUUUGCAUUAUCUAGCGAGCAAGACGGCGGACAGUCCGUAGAUACGCGAGAGGCAAACUCAGGAGCAAUCACUACGACACUAAUCAAUCUGGAUGAUUUGCAGACGUAUGUGAAAGACUUCGGGCUCGAUAUUUUCAAUACGAAAGACCGAGAACUGCUCACAAGAGAAGGUGAAGAGAAAGUGUCCUGCUUUGUGAAAUAUCUUCUCGAUAUGUAUGAAGAAGAUCCACCGAUGUUUUCGGACAUCUGUCAUUAUCAGCCAUAUGGUGAUCCAACAUCGACACAGAAAGAAUAUGUCAUCUUCUAUGAACAUCUCAUCAAACUUUUGCCGUCAAAAUGGUAUGAUCUGUUCGAACGUGAGCGGCGUCGACGCUGGGACAUCAUUCAUCUAGGCAAACAACGAGCCCAUACAUUUACUGCGCCGAUUGUUUCAUUUCCAGCUCAUUCUCGAUUACAUCAAUCACUCAACGAACGACACAAACGGUCCACAUUGAGACGUGUACAAAAAAAUGAGUCAUUCAGAGAAUUUCAUGGUACGCUUCAAUCUAACGUCGAACAGGAUCAAAGAAAAUAA